AUGAUCUCGUCCGUCCUCUUCCCUCGCCGUUUCCGCGGCGAGCAGCCCCAGGCGCAACCGGCCACGCCCUCUUGGAUCAGCAAAAAGUCCACGCCCAUCCUGCAAUUCUUCUCCUCCCUCGCCUGCUCCCACCCCAUCCACACCGUUGUCAUCGUUGCUGUGCUGGCGAGCUCCUCGUACGUGGGGCUCCUCCAGGAGAGCCUCUUCGAUGCCACCACCUCGGUGCGCAAGGCCGACUGGUCGUCCUUGACCGAAGGCAGCCGUCGUCUGCAGGUUGGCCCCGAGACCAACUGGAAGUGGCAGAACGUCGACCAGGACGUCGUGCCCGCCAGCGAUGUCGAGCACCUCGCCCUCCUGACGCUCGUCUUCCCCGAAUCGCACUCGGCCGAGAGUGCAAACACCGCGCCGAGGGCCCACGCCGUCCCCUUCCCGCAGAACCUCUCCGUCACCCCGCUGCCUCAGACAUCCAACUCCCUGACCGCCUAUUCUCAGGACAGUGCCCUGGCCUUCUCUCUGCCCUACGACCAAGCUCCCGAGUUCCUCGCCUCCGUCCAGGAGAUCCCUGACGAUGCCAACAAUGAGUCGCGCGAGACGCAGCACGGCCACGAGUCCAAGAUGUGGAUCAUGAAGGCGGCCCGGGUCAACACCCGGAACAGCUACAUCCGCUGGGUCACCAACGGCUGGACCGAGUUCCUCGACCUGCUCAAGAACGCCGAGACUCUCGACAUUGUCAUCAUGGUGCUUGGGUACCUGUCCAUGCAUCUGACCUUUGUCUCGCUGUUCCUCUCCAUGCGCCGGAUGGGUUCCAACUUUUGGCUCUUUACCAAUGUUCUCUUCUCGUCCGUCUUCGCCUUCCUCUUCGGCCUCAUCGUGACGACCAAGCUCGGUGUGCCCAUCUCCAUGGUCUUGCUGUCCGAGGGUCUGCCCUUCCUGGUCGUUACGAUUGGCUUUGAGAAGAACAUUGUCCUGACCCGGGCCGUUCUGUCCCACGCCAUUGAGCACCGCCGUCCCCAGGACAAGGACGACAGGAAGUCCAAGAAGAAGGCUUGGGAGGUCUCGUCGUCCAACGUCAUCCAGUACGCUGUGCAGGCUGCCAUCAAGGAGAAUGGCUAUGAGAUUGUUCGCGACUACGCUGUCGAGAUUGGUGUCCUCAUCCUUGGCGCGGCCUCUGGUGUCCAGGGCGGCCUCCAGCAGUUCUGCUUCCUCGCCGCAUGGAUCCUGUUCUUCGACUGCAUCCUGCUCUUCUCUUUCUACACCGCCAUUCUCAGCAUCAAGCUCGAGAUCAACCGCAUCAAGCGCCACGUGCAGAUGCGCCGCGCUCUCGAGGACGACGGCGUCAGCCGCCGCGUGGCCGAGAAUGUUGCCAGCGGCAACGACUGGCCCGGCAGUGACGACAAGGCCGCCAAGGACACCUCGCUGUUCGGCAAGCAGAUGAAGGGCAGCAACGUUCCCAAGUUCAAGGUCCUCAUGGUGACUGGCUUCGUGCUGAUCAACGUCAUCAACAUCUGCACCAUUCCCUUCAGGAACGCCGGCAGCAUCACCAGCCUUUCCUCGUGGACCGGUGGCCUCAGCGCCGUUGUGACCUCGCCGCCCGUCGACCCUUUCAAGGUCGCUUCCAACGGCCUCGAUGCCAUUCUCGAGUCUGCCAAGGCCAACGGCCGGGCGACUAUGGUCACAGUCCUCACGACGAUCAAGUACGAACUCGAGUUCCCCUCGAUUCACUACGGUCUACCCCGUAUGGCGGACGAGCUCGGCUACGACAGAUACGGUGUCGGAGGACGCAUGGUCGGCAGCCUGCUCACGAGCCUCGAGGACCCCAUUCUCUCCAAGUGGAUGUGGGUCGCUCUCAUCAUGAGCGUCGCCCUCAACGGCUACCUGUUCAACGUUGCCCGCUGGGGCAUCAAGGACCCCAACGUGUCUGAUCACCCCAUCGAUCGCAAGGAGCUUGCCCGUGCCGAAAAGUUCAAUGAGACUGGCUCCGCCACUCUGCCUCUGGGCGAGUACCUGCCGCCUCCCACGCCCGCGCCGCAGCCCAUCACCCCCGCUUCCACCGAUGACGAGUCUGACGCGCUGGCCAUGAGGCAAAUCAAGUCUUCCGAGCCCUCGAGCCCUGGCGAGAAGCGCAGCUUCCCCGAGCUGGACAAGAUGCUGGCCGAGAAGCGCGCCCCUGAGAUGACUGACGACGAGAUUGUCGCCAUGUCGAUGCGCGGCAAGAUUCCCGGUUAUGCUCUCGAGCGCACCCUCAAGGACUUUACCAGAGCCGUCAAGAUUCGCCGUUCCAUCAUCUCCCAGACCAAGGCCACCUCUGACAUCACCAACGUCCUCGAGCGCUCCAAGCUCCCCUACGAGCACUACAACUGGGAGCGCGUGUUUGGCGCCUGCUGCGAGAACGUCAUCGGAUACAUGCCUCUUCCCGUCGGCGUUGCCGGCCCUCUUGUUAUCGAUGGUGUCAGCUACUUCAUCCCCAUGGCCACCACCGAGGGUGUUCUCGUCGCCAGUACCAGCCGAGGCUGCAAGGCCAUCAACUCUGGUGGCGGUGCCGUGACUGUUCUGACUGGUGACGGCAUGACCCGUGGACCCUGCGUCAGUUUCGAGACGCUCGAACGUGCCGGAGCCGCCAAGAUCUGGCUCGACUCCGAAGCCGGCCACGGCGUGAUGAAGAAGGCUUUCAACUCGACGAGUAACUUUGCCCGCCUGCAGUCCAUGAAGACAGCUAUUGCCGGUACCAAGCUGUACAUCCGCUUCAAGACCACCACCGGUGAUGCCAUGGGCAUGAACAUGAUCUCAAAGGGUGUCGAGCACGCGCUCGAUGUCAUGAUGAGCGAGGGCUUCGAGGACAUGAAUAUUGUAUCCGUCUCCGGUAACUUCUGCAUUGACAAGAAGCCUGCCGCCAUUAACUGGAUUGAUGGCCGUGGCAAGAGCGUUGUGGCCGAGGCUAUUAUCCCCGGCGAUGUCGUUCGCGAUGUUCUCAAGUCUGACGUGGACACGCUGGUUGAACUCAACAUCUCGAAGAACCUCAUCGGAUCUGCCAUGGCCGCCUCUGUGGGAGGUUUCAACGCUCACGCCGCCAACAUUGUCGCCGCUAUUUUCCUCGCCACAGGACAGGACCCCGCACAGGUUGUCGAGAGCGCCAACUGCAUCACCAUCAUGCAAAACCUCCGCGGCUCUCUCCAAAUCUCCGUCUCCAUGCCGUCCAUCGAAGUCGGCACCCUCGGUGGCGGCACCAUCCUCGAGCCCCAAUCCGCCAUGCUUGACAUGCUCGGCGUUCGCGGACCCCACCCUACGACUCCCGGUGAAAAUGCCCGCCGCCUCGCUCGCAUCGUUGCCGCGGCCACCCUGGCCGGCGAGCUGUCCCUUUGCAGCGCUCUCGCGGCCGGCCACCUUGUCAAGGCCCACAUGCAGCACAACCGCUCCGCGCCACCGACGAGGAGCACCACGCCUGCUCCCGCGAGCGGCACGAUGACACCUGUCGGCCUCGCCAUGACGAGCGCUGUUGGAGAAGGAUGCCUCUCAUCAAAGUGA